AUGGAUGCGAGCGAGAUGGCGAUUGUGAGGAUGGUGAAAAGUGCCGUGGUGCUAAGUGUAUCAAAGGCAAAGUCAAAGGUUAAGUGGCCACGGCACAAGUACAGCUUACAACAUUCACAAAAUUUGACCUGUGACCUCUGUGUCAAAAUUUUUACCAUGUCGAACCCCAGUAAAGCGGUAUAUGCCGUACCAUUUGGCAGUGAAUUGUCUGAGCCAGUUGCUUUUAAUGGCACAAAAUGGGUGCUAUUAGCCGCUGGUGGAAAUACCUGGUCCAAUUAUAGGCAUCAGUCCAAUGUAUACCACGCCUACCAAAUAAUCAAAUCCCAUGGCAUACCCGACACAAACAUCGUGGUCAUGCACUACGAUGACCUGGCUAACAACAAGGCAAACCCAACGCCCGGUAUUGUGAUCAACGUACCCAACGGUCCCGAUGUCUACAAGGGUGUGCCCAAGGAUUAUACUGGCGCUGAUGUCAACCCCUUGAACUUUUUGGCGGUCCUGAGAGGUGACCCCAUAUUAGCCCGCAAUCACAAAAAGGUGAUCAAAAGUGGACCCAACGAUCACAUCUAUGUCUACUUCAUUGACCAUGGAGCACCGGAUUUAAUCGCAUUCCCCUCCCAAUACCUAUACGGCGAGGAGUUGAACGCCCAGUUCAAGCAAAUGUACCAGGACAAAAAGUACGCCAAAUUGGUGAUCAACAUUGAGGCAUGUAACUCUGGUAUGUAAUAAAAAAU